AUGAGACCUACCGAGGGCUUUUGCGACUUACCAUCGCUUUUGUUUGAAAUCCACGAAUCAUCCCCCCAGCAAGAAUGCGUUUUUCGCCAAGUUGACGAGCAUGGCAUCCGGAACUGUGACAUCGAAAUUCCCGAGGAGGAUUGUGUUACGGCACGGUCACACUUCAAUUCCAUUCUUUUCAUCUCCGGUGUGUUCAGCGGUGUACGCCAAAACAAAUCCAAAGUAAUGCAAGUUUUCAGCGACCUUGCAGGCCUUCUCCUUUGUGAAGAACACGCCUGUUACCGUAGAUCAUUGAGACUACAGUGGGAGCAGGAAUUUGGAGAACGAAGGACCGAGAUUUUGUCCGAAUUGGAAGAUUACUACGGGAAACCAGGCUCUUCGUACGAAGCCGAGAACGAGAAAGGGUUUACGAGGCUUUUUCGGAACAUAGACGAGAAGGGAGUGGCUAGGAAGGUUACCAAGGUUCUGGAAAAACAAGCAGGGGUUCGAGACCGGGAUACCGGGUGUGUGUAUAUCAUCUCUCCCGAGGGUAAGGAUUUUCAGGGAAUGUUGAAAAUCGGGUUUUCUAAAAAGCAUCCCCAGGGCAGUCGCUUUCGCUCUUAUAAAGGAUGCUUCGGGAACUUUGACCCUAUCAAAAUAAGAGCUGUGACAUAUGCACGCCGGGUGGAGCAACUCUUGUUGUCAGAAUUCUCCUGCGUGCGAUACAAGAGGCACUGCCGAAAAUGCGACAAAGCACAUAUCGAAUGGCUCAAAAUCGAUGCCAAAGCUAUUGUGAACAGUCUGGACAAAUGGUGCGACUUCUUCGACAACACCAAUACAUACAAAGCCAAUGGUCAAUUCAUGACACUACCCCAAGAAGGCCUGGAACUACCCUCUCCUGUCUUACCAGAGUAUCUUAGGCAACAGCGCUCUGCGAACUCGACACCAUCCAAGGGGACCCCUCGAGGGAAGACUCCGUCGAAGAAAAGUGCUUCAAAGAAUAGUUCUGGAAAGAAGGCAUUCUCAAGAGGACCUCCUAAGAAGGACACCCCGACACCAGGCGCUCCUACAGAGACUAUCAUAGAAACCCCCAGGAAGAUUCGGCCUCAAUCUUCAUUACCCACUUCACCUUUAUAUCCUCACUCUAAAAGUCCGACGGUCACAACCAUUGUUGUCCCAAGCUCUGGCACGCCAGACUCGGUGCCCGAAGGAAACGACUCUGAUGGGGAGGAUUCUGAUGUUGGAUUUUUGGCUGCAGUGAUUCGUCGCCUUAAAUUCAUAUAG